GGGCGGCGCGGCGGGGCUGCGCCAUCCGCCAGAGUCGCCGCGUCCCGCCGGGAUGGACGGGCAGCUCCCGGGCGCUGCGAGCGCGACGAGCUUCGCCGACGAUGUGCUGCGCGUCUUCGGGGCCAACCAUAGCCUGUCGGCGAGGCACCUCUCCGCGCUGCUGCAGCGCCUGGGCGCCGCGCCGGCCCUGGGCUCGGCGCUGCCGCUCGCCCAUCUGCACCACAACCAGUGCUUGACUAGUGAAGAAAUCUUUUCUUUGCAUGGGAUACCGAACAACAGUCAUGUAUCAAAUUCCAGCUUCUCUGCAAUAUGUCCUGCUGUUUUGCAACAGCUAAUUUUUCACCCCUGUGAUCAUCAGGAAAUCUUCGUGGACACAUCUAAACCACAUUCUUUUCAAGUUUGGGGAUUUGGGUUCCUGGCUGUGACUAUCAUUAACUUGGCAUCACUUCUGGGAUUGAUUUUAACUCCUCUCUUAAAGAAGUCAUAUUUCCCCAAGGUUUUAACUUACUUUGUGGGCUUGGCCAUUGGUACUCUCUUUUCUAAUGCAAUUUUCCAGCUCAUUCCAGAGGCAUUUGGGUUUGACCCAAAAGUAGAUAACUACGUUGAGAAAGCAGUUGCUGUGUUUGGCGGAUUCUAUAUUCUUUUCUUUGUGGAAAGGAUUCUUAAAGUGAUACUAAAGCUCUAUAACCAGACUGGCCAUAAUUACUUUGAAAAUGGAGAAGAGAAUCAUUCUCAGGAUAAGACUAACCCACCCAAACCACCAUCAUCCAGCAAUGGGGGCACGUGUUAUGCAAAUUCAGCUGUCAUAGAGACCAAUGGAAAUCUUGGUUUUGACAGCAUCAGUGUGGUCUCAGCACAGGAGGAAGCCAUCCAAAGCAGCUUAUGCAAGUGUCUUAAGGGGCCUCCACUGUCAAAGAUUGGGACCAUUGCUUGGAUGGUGACACUGAGUGAUGCUGUACAUAAUUUCAUAGAUGGCUUGGCUAUUGGGGCUUCUUUCACUUUGUCUCUGCUUCAAGGGCUUAGCACCUCCAUAGCCAUCUUGUGUGAAGAGUUUCCUCAUGAACUGGGGGAUUUUGUCAUCUUGCUGAAUGCAGGAAUGAGUACUCGGCAGGCUCUGUUUUUCAAUUUCCUAUCUGCGUGUUCUUGUUACCUUGGGUUGGCCUUUGGAAUAUUAGUAGGCAACAACUUUGCUCCUAACAUCAUCUUUGCUAUAGCUGGUGGAAUGUUCUUGUACAUCUCUCUGGCCGAUAUGUUCCCAGAGAUGAAUGAUAUGCUGCGGGAGAAAGUGACGGGAAGGAAGACGGAUCUUACAUUCUUCCUUAUUCAGAAUGCUGGUUUACUAACGGGGUUUACUGCUAUCCUGAUGAUUACCUUGUAUGCAGGAAAUAUUGAGCUGUGAAAACGGAAUAAGUAUUGAAGACAUGAAGUAAAUUGCAAAUGGAAAACACUUGAAAUCCAUACAGGGACAUUGGUUUAAUCUACUCGGUUUUGAAACGGUGGCAAAGCCCAUCCUGUCCUUCUUGCCCCAAAUACAAGGAAAUUCUUCUUUAGGACUUCCUGUUGAUCCAAAGAGUAGAGGCUGUCAGCUUCUGUAUGAUGCCAAAAAAAUUAUGCUAAUAUUUUUAUUUCUACUUAAAAUUAUCAGACAUAUCUGAACUGUCAUAGAGAAAGGGUGUUACUUGGCCAGUAGAAUUAUGCAAUACAUGUAACUCAAGACCAACUGAAAGCUGAGGUCUACAAGCAAGAUGUGUAUUUAAAAGAAAAUAAUACAGUUUCAUAUCCAUUUUUAGCUGUGAUGAAGGCAAGCAGUUUCAAAACUAGCUAAUUCUCAUGACUUUUGUUGCAGGAUUUGUCUGUGUAACAUCCCCAUUCCCCACCAAAAAAGAAGAAAAAAAAAAUCAUACCAUUUCAGAGUAGGUACUAAUGAAGCUAAGAUUUUUAAUUACUAAUUAACACUGGAAGGAAAGAUACCAGUUCCUGCUUUUGAUCUUUUCUCUUUAUAAGUGCACUAGGGAAUUGUUGAUUUAUUUUGAGAACCACUUUUUUAAUUAGAGAGAACCUGUGUUAAAUUUAUGACUGUUUAUCAACUCCAUAACAUUUUAGAAACAUUGAGUACUUUAAAAAUGUUCAAGAAUUGUGUAUUCUAUGAAAAUAAUAGUUUCCUACUUAAGUUUCAGAAAUAUCCCCUUUAAAAAUCAAUAUUUUAGUCCUACAAAGGGGAAUUUAGAAAAAAAACCCUGCUAAAAUCAACAUUCCAGUAUGCUUUCUUCAUAAUUUGAAUGAUUUCUUUGUGUGCAGUUAGGUGGAAGUAAGUGAUAAUAAAAUAUACAAAUUCUUAUCACAAUCUGUUGCGUGUGAACUUUAUACAAUCAUGCUUAUAUGUAUAAAUUCUUCUGAAAUAAACAAUUCGUCUACUCAUAACUACUCUGUUGUAAGAUGAGCCCAAGAAAAUUCAUUAAAAAAAUAUUCCAUUUCCGUCACCACUUUGCUUUGAAGGAAAUGUUGUUAUUCUCUAUUAAGUUACUUUUUUUCAUUGAUUUUUAAGCAAGUUUUACAGCUUCAAAGGAGAUACUGGUUUUUGAUGUAGUUCCUUGCUGUAGGAAGGUACAAAUAUUUUAUUUUUAAUUCUCUAUUAAAAUAUUUUUUCUAUCAGGUAACGUAUUUAUUUUAAUAUUUUAUUUGAAUCUCAUCUGUAAUUACCAAAAAAACCCCCCAAAACCUCUCUAAGUGUCUGUUCAAUAAAAGCUGUAAGGCAAACUGCAGAGGUGUUAUAAAUAAUACUUUAAAAUAUGCUAUAAAUGUUAAAAUGUAAGUUUAGCAGCCAAUGAUACUUGCUGUAUGGAAAAAGCAUUUAGUAAUUUUGUGCCCUGUAAGUUUCUGUGAAGAGCCCACCCACUCUGUGUCUUUCCUUUAAUUCUUUCUUUGUUGAUUUCUUGGAUAUAAGCUGUUUGUAAAUGUUACUCUUGUGUAUUACAAUAAUGUGUUAUAGCAACUAUGAAUGUUCAUAGACUUCCUAAAAUAAUGUGACCAUUCCUAGUUCAUCAGAUUAUUUUAAUAAUAUGCCUGAAUGGUACUUUUCACCUUUAAAUCCAAACGUUUGCAAAGGAGACUUGAUUUUUGUUAAUUUCCUAAGGAGGAAAAACUGAGACAAGCAAGUCAUUGGAAUAACCUACUUUUAGAUCACAGAGCAGACCAGAGAUGGAACAAAGUCUGAUUUUGAGCAUAGUUCUUUAGUCACAAACCAAAUUGCCUUUUCUGCUAGUGGGAUAUUUAGUACAUAAGGAAUUUUUUCGAUUUCUUUAUGAGCAAGUUUAUCUGCAUAUCUUUGCUAUUUUCCUUGUCCGGUAUAUAUAAAAUACAUCUAUUUCAAUUCUUGGACUCCCAAUGAUUUCCAGGAUUUGCAGAACAGGGCACUGACUUGGAUUUCCUUCUGCAGGCUGUUGCUCUCUAGAUUGAUGGGUGCAAGCAAACAAUUUCUUAUGUGCAUACGCACCAAGUGCCUAGUGUAGCUCUUUACUUUUAUUUUGCUGUAACAUCCCAUACUUCCCAGGAAUGCUGUAGGUGCCUUAACAGCUCUUACAACACUUGAUGCACAAAUCAUUUCUGUACAAUAUAAGAAGAAACUCAUCUCCUUGUCUUGCAGUUCAAUUCAAAACAUACAGGUGUGUCUGUCAAGCUGACAAAGGCCGCUGGAGUGAAGCCUAGAGAGAAAGCCAUAAAUCUACUGGAAGUAGAUGUAAUUCACCUGUCAAAGGCAAGGUUACCUUGUAUUUUGGGGGUUUAAUCCCUACUACACUUCUUUUGUACCCAAUAUAUUGUCUCCUUUUUUUUUUCCCCCCUUAUUACACUGCUUUUGAAGAAGAUCAUGUAAUUACAUGUGUUGUGGUCAAUAAUGUGACCAUAAUGCUUCAUUCUCAUUUAAAUACCCUCCACAGUUUCUGCAUCUUCUUCCAUUUUAAAGGUAAGUGCUACAGCAUUUAAGGUUUGAGGUAAAAAUAGGAGAUACAGAAUGUCAUAGGAAGUGAGCUACAAGGAAGAUAUAGCUUGAAUUCAUGAAUUUAGGCAAUAAUGUAAUUCUCCAUAAUACAGCUAUUAACUGCUGCUCUGGGUGAAAGCACUGUGAAGGAUUCAUAGGAUCCCAAUUUGAUUUCCUUUAGAGAAAUAAUAGUUUCUGACUUUGAGGACAAAAAACUUAAAUGUUCUUCCUUAUCUUGGCUACCUCCAUAGAUAGUUGUUAAUUUCCUACUGCUUUCUGGCUAUCUUCAGCCUUUUAAAUUGCGAGACCUGUGAAGUUGCCAGAAUUAGCCUCAUGGUGUUUUGUGGAGUUGGUCUUGGCAAUGCCUGAGUUAUUAAAAUGAAAAUAAUAAUAACUAGUAGUCCUGUUCAAUAAAAGCGUUUUGUUAUUAUACCAGGUAUUUUCUUAUGUAGAGCAGUAGUGGUGUAGACAAUCAAAGACAAGAAGAAAAUUUAUUUAUAUCCAGCUAGCCUUAGUCAGUUGGAGAAACAGCAGCAGCUGUCUCUGGCUGGGUUGGUUCUUGAGAAGAAGACGUGCAGCAGCAUUCCCCUAGUGCUGAAGAGUGAAAAAAGCAAUCUAAUCAGAAGAAACAUGAAAUGAGAUUAUAUGAGUCAAGCAGAUUUAGUUAUCUAGAGAAUACAAAAGGGCUUUGAUGGCAUUGGCCUAAAGGAUACAGAAACUGCACUAAAAUGCACUUUUCCAGUUCAUGGGUAAAAGCUAAUGAAGUGCUUGUCUCACAGUAAAUACAACAUUAAAAAACUGACUGGAGAAAGGUAAAUAAUUGCCAAGUUGUUUCUGUAAAACAAAAAAAUAAAUUAUUGCUAUGUCACUGAUCUGUAGAUUUUUUUGUCCUUGCAAUGACUUGCAAAUAAAAACAUAUUUUAGAACAUUUA